GCCCUUAACCCUGAAGUGUGACGUAAAGGUAUUAAGACUUCCGGGAAGUGUGAAACGUUUUACAUAGGCGCACUGCUCAUUAAUCUUAAAGAUUAAAUCCCUUGGUUAAAUUUAUUUUAUUUACAUUUUUCAUAUUAAAUGGCUUUUCCAGGAUACGGAGGGAUGCCAGGCAUGCCACAACAAGGAAUGCCUGGGGGACAAAUGGGUGGGCACAUACCAUGCCCUAUGGGUGGUGCACCACCCCAUGGAGGGUACGGGGGAGGCUACCCAGGUGCCUAUGGCGCUUCACCUGCUGCCAAUGACCCGAUGUGGGGUUACUUCACAGCAAUAGCAGGCCAAGAUGGUGAGGUUGAUGCUGAUGAACUGCAGAGGUGUCUGACUCAGUCUGGUUUUUCUGGCAACUACACACCUUUCAGUCUGGACACCUGCAGAAUCAUGAUUGCAAUGCUGGAUAGGGACUACACUGGCAAGAUGGGCUUUAAUGAGUUUAAGGAGCUGUUUGCAGCUCUGAACGGCUGGAAGCAGAACUUCAUGAUGUUUGAUCAUGACAGGAGUGGAACUGUUGAACCUCAUGAGAUGAAUCAGGCUAUCAAUGCAAUGGGUUAUCGUGUCAGCCCUAAUGCUCUGAACAUCAUUAUCAAGCGCUACAGCAAAGGAGGAAGAAUCUGUUUUGACGACUAUGUGGCCUGCUGCGUCAAAUUGCGUAGUCUUACAGACCAUUUCAAGCGCAGAGACACGAUGCAGCAGGGAACUGCAACCUUCCAGUAUGAUGAUUUCAUCCAGUGCGCAAUGUCCAUCUGAGCGACCUGCAUCCCUCACACACCUCAAGACCACGGGAUCAACCAUCGAAAACAUUUGGAAAAGCAUGUGUAAAAGAAGGCCAGUAAGGACUGAGCUGCCACCAUAGAGAAAUAUUCUAUAAUUCUUAACCUAGUAUUAAGCCUUAGUCAUGUAUGUUAGUAGAUUGUCAGAUAUGUCAGGUGUAGGGAUAGGUAUCCACAACAAUGUGAUAUGCUUUACUUUAAAUUUUUAAAUUUUUAUUUUCAUUUUUACGUCAAAAAUGAGGGAAGAAUGGUCAGUCAUCUGAGAAGUGAUGGUCCUCCUGUCCUCUACUAACCACUGUUUGAAACACCUAAUGUGCCAUUAUUAUCUUUGAAUGUUUAACCAAAAAAUGUAAUAAUGUGAUGUUAAUGAAACAUAUUUAGUUACUGUGAUACUUCUGUACUUUUACAUGUUACACUGUACUGUCCUUAAGGCAGUGCUUGUGUUUCUGAUUGCACUCUAGACCCAUAUAUGGUAUGCAAUAUAUUACAUGGGCCCUGGUAUGAUUGAAUUACCAACUGAUUUGGUUUUGACUCACCUGACCACAGGAGGCAGAGGUGGACGAGCAUUGUUUUUGUCCUUUUGAGCUAAAAAAAACAAAACAAAACACAUUUGUUAUUUGCGAUUCCUAACAUCCAAGAGAUUCCCAAACCUAACAGUCCAUUUAGAAGCUACUGAAGAAUUUGCUAAAUGAUCUUUGUACCAGGAACAAUUAAUGUGUCCAAUUGGCAAAAGUUGUGGACUUCCAAGCAUAUCUGGAUAUUCCCCAGGUGGUUUGUGAUAUGACACUGUCACAUACUGUCAAUGAUAGCAACAAUGUCACGAUCCAGCAAUUCUGUUAUAAUUAAUAUUGCAAGGAAUCCAUUAAAUCUGUGUCACUGAAGACAUUCAGGAUGUGUUGACUACACUGAAACUUAAACAAUCCCUUCAAUUGUGUUAUUCUGUUCAUAUUUCUACUUUGUGUUUUAACUAGUAACACAGCCAGUCUUGUCAUACCUCUUUUUAACGUAAACAAUCACAUUGUUACUCAUAAUAAACAAUUUAUAUCUAC